AUGGACGCCCGCAAGAAGAAGAGAAAGGUGUUGCUCAUGGGCAAGAGUGGUUCGGGCAAGUCGUCUAUGCGCUCGAUUAUCUUCAGCAACUACGUCGCUAAGGAUGUGCGCCGACUCGGUGCGACGAUUGACGUCGAGCACAGUCAUGUCAAGUUCAUGGGCAACCUAACGUUGAACCUGUGGGACUGUGGAGGACAAGAUGCCUUCAUGGAAACUUAUCUCGCCUCCCAGCGCGGCAACAUCUUCUCCGACGUUGCCGUCCUUAUCUACGUUUUCGAUAUUGAAUCGCGCGAAGUCGACCGUGACCUGGACACAUACAAUGCGAUCAUUCAAGCGCUGCGCGAAUUCAGUCCAAAUGCCUACGUCUUCUGUCUCGUCCACAAGAUGGACCUGAUCCAGGCUGAGCAUCGUCAACGCAUCUACGAAGAACGCUCGGCAUUGAUCCGUUCCCGCUCCGAACACUUCCGUAUCGAUACCUUUGGCAGCAGCAUUUGGGACCAAUCGCUUUACAAGGCCUGGGCGGGAAUCGUGCACAAGCUCAUCCCCAAUCUGACUGUGAUCGAGCGGUUCCUGAGCGCCUUUGCAAAGAAGAUUGAUGCUGAAGAGGUCAUCCUCUUCGAGCGUUCAACAUUCCUCACUGUCACCUCCGUCUCCUCCGAAGUCGGCGACCUCAACCCUGUCUACGACCGACAUGAGCGCCUCUCCAAUAUUAUGAAGGCGUUCAAGCACUGCGCCGCCCGGAAUACCCUCACAACACCCGCCUCCGCCGGCUUCGUCGUCAUGCACACAAAAACUCCUCAAUUCAACAUAUUCCUCGGCCGUUUCACAGAUAACACCUACAUCUUCCUGGUCGUCCCGCCCGGUGAGGCAGCAUACAACUGCGCCGUGCUGAAUACCAUGCUCGCCCGCGAGGGCUUCUCGAAAGCAGCCGCCUCGGGUCGGUCAGAUGGUUUCCCACUACCACCACCGGAAACGCCCGAGGAUGCCGUGGCGAAUGGGGUGGCUGCUCACGGCUGA